AGAAGACGGACUACCUGCGCUGGUUUGCUGGAAGUGACACCUGAGGCUCGGGACAGGAGCAGGAGACGUGGGACAAGAGACGACUUAAUUUGAAGUGUUGCUGCUGUAUUGUGCUGUCUGAGGGGGAGAGGAUGUCUCUGAAUGAAGAGGGUUAUGUUGUCCGGAUCAGAGGACUACCCUGGUCCUGCACACAGGAGGAGGUUGCCAGUUUCUUCUCAGACUGUGACAUCGUUGGGAAAGUGAAUGGAGUGUGUUUCACCUACUCUAAAGAAGGCCGUCCCAGUGGAGAGGCAUUUAUUGAGCUUAUAACGGCAGAGGAUUUCAAGAAUGCCCUUUCCAAGGACCGUAAAUACAUGGGACACAGAUACAUAGAGGUGUUCAAGUCUAACCGCAGUGAAAUGGACUGGGUGCUGAAGCGUAGCGGUCCUGCCGACUAUGACAGCUGUAGUGGCUGCAUGCUGAGACUCAGAGGCCUUCCCUUUGGUUGUAGCAAGGAGGAGAUUGUUCAGUUUUUCUCAGGGUUGAGAAUCGUGCCAAAUGGGAUUACUCUGCCAGUGGACUACCAGGGGAGGAGCACAGGGGAAGCCUUCGUGCAGUUUGCCUCAAAGGAGAUAGCAGAAAAGGCUCUGGGGAAACACAAGGAAAGAAUAGGGCACAGGUAUAUAGAGAUUUUUAAGAGCAGUCGUAAUGAAAUCAGAGCCUACUAUGAGCUGCCCCGGCGUGGGAUGGGAGCCCAGAGACCAGGCCCAUACGAUAGACCCAUGAUGGGAGGCCCCAGAGGAGGCUUUUUCGGGUCAGGGCCUGGCCGUGGUGGGGCUCUGAUGGACACAAUGAGGAGCGGAGUUAGCUACGGAGGUGGUUACGGCGGCUUUGACGGCUACAAUGGUUUCAACAACUACUGUUUUGGAAACGGCAUGUUUGAUGAGCGAGUGAGAGGAGAAAGGGGAGGACGAGGCAUGGCCAGCCAAGGUUACAGUGGUCAAGCCGAUGGCUGUUCAGGGUUCCAUUUUGUCCAUAUGAGAGGGUUACCUUUCCGCGCCACAGAGGGAGACGUUGCUAAAUUCUUCUCUCCUUUGAAUCCACUGAGGGUCCACAUCGACGUGGCUCCUAACGGCAAGUCAACAGGAGAAGCAGAUGUGGAAUUUCGCUCCCUUGAAGACGCUGUGGCAGCCAUGUCCAAAGACAAGAACCACAUGCAGCAUCGCUAUAUUGAGUUGUUCCUAAACUCAACAUCCAGUGGGGCUGCUGAGAUGAGUACGUUGUCUUUCCCUUUCGUUAUAAAUAAAGUUAAUAAACUUCAUUCGUUUUGGCGAGUAAAUGAAUUUGUACAAAAUGAUGAUCUGAAUGUCAAAACAUCGACCUGUCUUUUUGAAAUUCUUUCAGGUCGCGGUGGUGGUGGUGGUUACUACGGUAACUCAAGUGGGGGCGGAGGCUCACGGAGCAGUGGACUGCGAGGUGCAUACUGAUGAUGUCAUCCCACUCCUCCAAAUAAUCCUGACGUGUGUCUCGUGUGUCUUUAGGCCGUUUGAAUUCAGUUUCCAAGCAGGAGAGCUGAUCUGAAGUCAGUCAUUGUUGUGAGAGUCUUUUAAAAAUAACAAUUGUAUAGCAGCUGCACUUCAACACCAGAUAUAUCAACAUGCACUAUCAAUACACCAUUCCUAAGGCACAUGGAGAACAAAACAAUUGAUCAAUAUUGAAAAGUUGGGGCUGUUGUCGGUGCCGACCGUGAUGGAUGGAUAUUCUGGGAGAUUCCUUGUUCAUCUUGUUUUAAAAAGAAGUUAUAACUCAGUUCAUGUUUUUUUCAAAUGAAAAAGUUAAUUAUCACCCAUGAUUUGAAUAAGAAAAAUCAAACGUUGUUUAUCAGAGCUUUGAAUAGUUUGAACUGAAUGUGUUAUUUUUCAGUGACUUUGUUGGGAUGCACUUUAAAUAGUUAAGGCAAAAGAUGCUCAUCUGGAGGCACAGCAGGAAGUUGUCAAAACAUUACACAGCUCUGUGGACAAGAGUAAAGAUUUAUUUUGAAAUGUAUUUAGUUUAUUCUGGUUUCAACUGAUUCUUCAAACAUCUUUUUCAGCAGAACUUUUGUUGUUGCAGAUACAAACUGAGUUUCAUAUUCUCUUUCCUGCUUUGAACAGUUUGAUACAUGUGAGCCAGUGCGUGUUUUUUUAUGAAUGUUUUCACAGCUCAUUACAGAAUUGAAAACUAAGUUGAAUAUUCUACUCUCAAAGAGUGGAAGUAAAAUAAAUUCUCUAUAUUUGAGCUGUAAGAUGGCUUCUACAGCUGUUGUACAUUUUUGCUGAAUAAAUUUUCUAUUUAA